AUGCUGCACCAAGGGAGGUGGUGCCGCUGGUCCAAUCCUUUUGUCCAUCUCCUUACGCUGACUGUGGUAACAUUUGGAGUGCUUGCACCUUUGAUUUGCCACCGGCUCCUCCACUCUUACUUCUAUUUGCGUCACCGGCACCUGAACCCCAUGAGCCAGGAGUUCCUGGAGCAGAGCAAGCAGCAGGGACAAGCUGCCCUCCAUUACUUUGAGGAGCUCAAGAUACCAAAUGCCUCUGAGGCCUCUGGUAGCGAUGCCUUCCACCCCUUGCUGCUGGUCACCAUUAUCACUGUGAAGAGGCAGAACGAUUUCCACUACGUCUUGCAAGUGGCCUCCCGUUUCCACCGCCUUCUCCAGAAAUGUGGUGUGCGAUGCCGGAGCUACCGCCUCCUCCUCUGUAACGUGGAGUCAGACCCCAGUGACCAUCAGGAUGUCAGGCUGCUGAGCAGCUUCUUUCCUGUGGUCAGUCGUGACAAAACUGGGGAGAACCCCGACCCCAAGGUGAACCUGUUUGAGAAGGAGAAGCAGGACUACGUCUUCUGCCUUGAGCAGUCGCUGUUGGCGUACAACCCAGAGUACAUCCUCAUAGUGGAAGAUGAUGCUGUGCCAGAGGAGGAGAUAUUUGCUGUUUUGCAGCACUUCUUACUGGCCCGGUUCUCCAAGCCAUACCUCAGAGAUGCGCUCUACUUCAAGCUGUAUCAUCCCGAGAGGCUGCAGCACUACUUCAACCCUGAACCCAUGAGAAUCCUUGAGUGGCUGGGACUGGGCAUGUUCCUGGGGCCCGUGCUGAGCGGUGUGUACUCCUGGGCAGUGGGGCGCCCCGGCCCCAGUUGGCCCAUUGUCUUGUUCUUUGCUCUGUACAGCAUGGCUGUGUCGGAGCUGGUGGGACGGCACUACCUGCUGGAGCUGCGCCGGCUGGCACCCGCGCUGUACAACAUCGUGCCAGUGACCGAGUGCUGCACACCUGCCAUGCUCUUCUCCGCCCCAUCUGCCCAACGUGCCUUAGGCUACCUGAAGGAGCUGCGCUGUCGCCGCGGCUUUGCGAAGGACAUUGCCCUCUACUCGCUGCUGCAGACCACGGGCGAGAACGCCUAUGUGGUGGAACCCAACCUGGUCCGGCACGUGGGAAUGUAUUCCAGCCUUCGGCUGAACAACAACCCAAAACUGCUGUGA